GACAUGGGACAACUUCCUUUUGCCAGUCCAAAAACAAAGAUGAUCUCCAUGUCCAUGUUGGUCAUCUCUCUUCCUGUUCUUUAUGCAAUGCAUGUACCACCUUCUACCCUCUUCACUGACACUGUUUUUUGGUUUAUCAUCUCCAACACCAUCAUUAUAAUCAUCGCAACAGAUUCCGGCGUCUUUUCGUCUUCAUCGAGUGAGAAUUACAGCGUCUAUGAUGAGUACCUAAAGCAUAGAAGCUAUUCCAAGAGUUCAUAUUCCAUCCCUUCCAUUAAUGUUCCUAAGGAGAGACACAAAGAUGAUGAGCACUCUCAAAAACCUCAAGAAGAGAUAGUUCAUGAGAUGACAGUGGAACAGCAGUUAACAAUAAAGAAUGGAGAAUUAAACCUGCAGACAGCAAGUCAAGAGACUAGUAGCGAGUAUGUAAAUAUGUCUGAUGAAGAGCUGAACAGGAGGGUGGAGGAGUUCAUCAAGAAGUUCAAGGAGAUUGAGCUUCAUGAGGAAAUGGUAAAUGAGUGAAUUGGAAAUUUAGUUUUCUAGAGUUUUAUGUAGAUCAUCAUAUGUAAGAAUUAAUAAUGGAAGGGUUUGUUUGUGUUUUUUUUUCUUGCUA